AAAUGUGAGAGCUUCUUGCCACCUGAUUUCCGCUCUUUCGCUGUAGACCCCCAGAUCACUUCACUGGACGUGUUACAACACAUCCUCAUCCGAGCCUUUGACUUGAACGGGAAGAAGAACUUCGGUAUCAGCUACCUGGGCCGGGACCGAGUAGGACAGGAAGCUUACCUCUCACUCCUGUCUGACUGGGAUCUGAGCAUGGCCUUCGCCACUGCCUCCAAGCCUUACCUGCAGUUACGUGUAGACAUUCGGCCUUCAGAGGACAGCCCAUUGCUGGAAGACUGGGACAUAAUCAGCCCCAAGGAUGUUAUUGGCUCCGAUGUGCUGCUGGUUGAGAAACGGUCAUCGCUGACGACAGCUGCCCUGCCCUUUACACAGUCCAUCCUCUCUCAGGUGGGCCGUACCUUGUCUAAGGUCCAGCAGGUGCUGAGCUGGUCAUAUGGGGAAGAUGUCAAGCCCUUCAAGCCACCCCUGAGCGAUGCUGAGUUUCACACAUACCUGAACCAUGAGGGCCAGCUCUCUCGCCCUGAGGAGUUGCGCCUACGGAUCUAUCACGGUGGUGUGGAACCCUCACUGCGAAAGGUGGUAUGGCGGUACCUGUUGAAUGUGUAUCCAGAUGGCCUGACGGGUCGCGAGCGGAUGGACUACAUGAAACGCAAGAGUCGCGAGUAUGAGCAGCUCAAGAGUGAGUGGGCCCAGCGAGCAAGCCCUGAGGACCUAGAGUUCAUCCGCAGCACAGUCCUCAAGGAUGUGCUGCGCACUGACCGGGCCCACCCCUACUAUGCUGGGCCUGAGGACGGCCCACACUUGCGGGCUUUACAUGACCUGCUUACCACGUAUGCCGUUACCCACCCACAGGUGUCCUAUUGCCAGGGCAUGAGUGACCUUGCCUCACCUAUCCUUGCUGUCAUGGACCAUGAGGGCCAUGCCUUCGUCUGCUUUUGUGGUAUCAUGAAGCGACUGGCUGCCAACUUCCAUCCUGAUGGCCGUGCCAUGGCCACCAAGUUUGCCCACCUCAAGCUGCUGCUGCGACAUGCUGACCCCGACUUCUACCAGUACCUCCAAGACGCAGGUGCCGAUGACCUCUUCUUCUGUUACCGCUGGCUGCUGCUGGAGCUUAAGCGCGAGUUUGCCUUUGAUGAUGCCCUCCGUAUGCUGGAGGUCACCUGGAGUUCCCUGCCCCCUGACCCUCCUGAACAUGAGGUGGAGCUUGUCGGACCUCCCAGUCAAGUAGCAGAUGCUGGCUUCAGUGGCCACAGAGGGCGGCCUGUGCGACAGAGGCACAUGCUGCGACCUGCUGGUGAAGGAAGCAGUGCCUUUGAAGAUGCUGACUUGGCCACGGCCAGCCAAGGGCCUGGUGGUGGUGGGCGUCUCCUGAGACAAGCCAGCCUGGAUGGCCUCCAGCAACUCAGGGAGAACAUGGGCCCCAGGAGGGACGCUCUGAUCCAGCUAUCCCACCCCGCUGCCCUCAUCAGCUCCAAGUCCCUCUCUGAGCCCUUGCUGAACUCCCCAGAUCCAUUGCUCUCCUCCUCUUCUCGCCCUGAUUCCCCAUCUUCCUCAUCUCCACCAUCCACCCAGGAGGCCUCUCCCACUGGCGACAUGGCUGUGGGAUCCCCCUUGAUGCAAGAGGUAGGCUCCCCACAAGACUCUGGGAAGUCCCUGCCACCUCCACUGCCAACUGGCCUGCCCCCACCCCAGGAGUUUGGCCGAGGCAAUCCGUUCAUGCUCUUCCUCUGCCUGGCCAUCCUGUUGGAGCAUCGUGACCACAUCAUGCGCAACGGGCUAGAUUACAAUGAGCUGGCCAUGCACUUUGACCGCCUUGUGCGCAAACACCACCUGGGGCGUGUCCUCCGCCGUGCCAAGGCCCUUUUCGCUGAUUACCUGCAGUCAGAGGUGUGGGACUCGGAGGAGGGGGCUGAGGCCACAGCCCCAUCUUGAUCGGGCUUUCCCACUCACCAUCAGCCCCACCAGAUCUUUGCCAUGAGGGCCUACAUCUGAGAACUCACCUCCUUGCUUGCUGGUCCUAGACCUGUUGGAAUGUGAGGCCCUUUUUCCCCAGGUCUGAGUGUGUGGGGCUCUGCUUUGGCACUGCCCCCUGGAGGCCAUGGCCUCAUUUCUGUUUUUAACAACUAUACUUUGCACACAUGAA